AUGACGCAAAACUAAUUAAAAAUGCUGCUCUGCGUAUUUUAAGUAGCUUUUGUAUCAGCUGGACUCUAUUUCUAUAUAUUCUGGAAGAAAUUAGAUGAUAAACCUUAUUAUGAAUAGCUUGCUUUUGUGUAUGGGCUAAUUUUAGGAUUCACAGAAUUAUUGGUUGCAAUAAUUUUAUUCAUUCUAAUGAAAACUCAUGUUCAAAUAACAUCCCUGGGAAUGAUUGGUCGCUACAUUCGAUAGAACUGCUACAAGGAAUAUUACGCUCUGAUAAUAAUUAAUUUAGCAUUUCUGAUAUCCUUCAAUAUUAUUUCAAUAGUGGACUCAGAAUCUGUUAGUUUCAACACUAUUUAAUCGCUCCACUUCAUAGCUGCCUACUAUAUUCAAGCAGUUCUCUUCACAAUAUUUUCAAAUGACUUGCUAAAGCGAAGAGCCUUGAUUCCGAACGAGUUUAUGUUCGAAAGAGAGGGAAUCUUCCGAUGCGCCUAUGAAGUUCUCUAUUACAUAGUGUGUUUAUUCAUUGUCUUAAGUUACUUUUUGGUUACCCAUUUCGAGAAAUUGCCUGAACCAAAUCAAACCUUGUGUCAAUUAAUCAUAUUCACCUUGCUCUACCAAUUCUAUUCCAUAACUAAGUUGGGUAUUUUGAUAAAAAUAUUUUUGAUAAUCACAACUACCAGGCUGCUCUACUCAGCAGCCAACUCUAUUAACUAAUUCAAGGAUGAUUCUUAGAAAGGAUAUUAGAUCACUUUGAUAGUGAUCACAAUCAUAUUUUUAAUCAGAAUGGUGUAACAAUGUUUAAUAGGUGCAAUAAGAGCAAGGGAGGAAUACUUAAAUUAGACUUAACAUCAACCUCCCGAUAUUCUGAGUGCGUUGAAUUUAUUACCACCCAGAGACCCCUACAUAAGACAAUCGGCAUAAGUAAUCAGUGAGGAGUAAAUUGAGAUGUUGCCUGUGUAAAAGUUUAAGAUGGAAUUUGAAUUUGUGUGUUCGAUAUGUGACAUGAAUCUUCUAAAGAAUGAGAUGGUGAUGAAAUUGAAUUGCUCCCAUAUUUUCCAUUCGGAAUGUUUAAAGCCUUGGAUUAGAAUCAAGAACUCUUGUCCGAAUUGCAGACAGCAGAUACUUAGUUAAUUCACUCAAUAAAAUUAGCACGAUGAGAUUCCUUAACAUUUACAUCAAUAAAUUCUACGCAUUCAAGCUGAAGCUCCCCCUCCAAUAAAUGAAAUAAAUUAACAAUAACAAAUAAGCGAGGUACCUCAAAGAUAGAUGGAAAUACAAGAAUGA